UAACUGAGAUAUAUGAUAAGAUAUUAUUUUAUUCGAAGGCUGUAACCAGCAAAUUGUUUUGUAACCAAAUUAUUCAUAAUCCAGUAGGAUUUUAUCAUAGGGUGUUUACAUUAAACCGAGUGUUGUAAGAAAAAUACCAUCUGUGUCCAACAUAGGUAGUAAUUGCUGCAAAAGAAACCGAAUUGAAAACACUAUGCCUCCUAUAACAUUUGCUAUUUUAACCGUUAGCGAUUCCUGCUUCAGCGGUGACAAUAAGGAUAAGAGUGGUCCAGAGUUAGUACGCUUGGUUACCAAUGAACAGACCGAGACUGGGAAAAUUUUGAAAGGUUUAAUUGUAAAUACUGCAAUUGUUCCCGAUGAGCAAAACAUGAUUCGGGACAUAUUGCUGGAAUGGACCGAUACUUUGAAAGCGAACGUCAUCCUCACAACUGGUGGUACUGGUUUUACAAAACGUGAUAAUACUCCAGAGGUAACAAAGGAAAUUAUUGAAAAAGAAGCACCAGGACUCGUUACAGCUAUUCUAAUGGCGGGCAUAAAAAUAACACCACUAGCAAUGCUAUCCAGAGCUGUAUGUGGAAUACGGGGUGAAACCUUAAUCAUAAAUCUGCCCGGCUCUCCGAAAGCAGUUAAAGAAUGUUUGGAAGCUGUAGCCGAAGUUAUUCCACAUGCUGUCGACUUGAUACUGCAGAAGGAGACACAAGUUAAUACUACCCAUAAAAAUAGUGACUCAAACCGUGGAGAUUGUUGUCAUAAGGAUGUCAGCAAUGUAUCGAGUAUAUCGAUUCAACUUAAUGACGUAACGGAGCGAGACAGACAAUCUCCUUAUCCCAUGAUUUCCAUGGAUACUGCAGAAGAAAUUAUAAAUAACGUAGAAUAUAAUGGGGAGACGGAGCGCAUACACGUGGCAGAUGCAUUUGGAAGAAUAUUGGCUGAUGAUACGUACUCAUCCUGUAACUUACCACCCUUCAGAGCAUCCAUCAAGGAUGGCUAUGCAGUUCUAGCGAGCGAUGGCAAAGGCCGAAGACGAGUAUUGGGUGGGGUGGACGCGGGAUACACGCCUGGAUCGGUGAAACUCUUUUCUGGCAGUUGUGUUCGCAUUAACACCGGAGCUCCUGUACCUGAUGAAGCGACGGCGGUAGUUCAGGUCGAGGAUACCAGAUUGCUAAAAAAAACUGUCGAUGGUACAGAAGAAGAAGAAAUUGAAAUUCUGCUUUCACCAUCCGAGGGGCAGGAUAUACGGCCCAUCGGUAGUGACAUAGAAUCGGGGAGCUUAAUAUUAAAGGCAUGCACUAAAAUUGGUGCCGCCGAAGCAGGAAUUUUAGCAGCAACCGGCAUUUCGAAAGUUAACGUUACUAAACCUCCCCUGGUCGGGAUUCUGUCGACAGGUAACGAAUUGCAAACAGCUGGAGAUCCACCCAAACCAGGGCACAUAUACGACAGUAAUAAAGUGACUUUGACGAUGAUGUUGAAAGAGAACGGUUACGGUUCCAAAGACCUAGGUAUCGCUAUCGACAAGCCCGACGUCAUGGUUAAUGCUGUAAAAAAUGCGUUGGAGACGGUGGACGUAUUGAUAACAUCGGGCUCGGUGUCGAUGGGCGACAAGGACUUACUGAAACCCAUUCUACAGAAGUAUUUCGCGGCUACGAUACAUUUCGGACGAGUCAAUAUGAAACCGGGGAAGCCUACAACAUUUGCUACUUGCAUCUAUAAAGACAAGAUGAGAUACAUUUUAAGCUUACCAGGUAAUCCCGUUUCCGCAAUGGUCACCGCUCACUUAUUUGCCCUCCCGUUGUUGAACCGACUAUCGGGAAAUCCUUCAAAGCCUGUUGUAAUUAAAGCAGAGCUAACAUCCUCGUAUAAUCUAGACCCCAGGCCAGAAUAUGCCCGGGCGAUCAUUCAGUGGAACGCUUCCGACAUUUAUCCGAAAGCCUUUAGUACCGGUAAUCAAAUAAGCAGUAAAUUACUCAGCUGUAAGAAUGCUAAUGCACUGUUGAUGUUACCCGGUCGAACCCCGGAGCAAUCGAAGUUAGAACCGGGAGAGAUAGUGCCAGCCAUGCUGAUCGGGCUCGAUCAAAGUGCCCGAUAGCGUUUCGCUCGCCUACGCGUAAAGAAGACAAAGGCGCAUCAAGAAACAAGGUUUGUCCACGGCUUCGACUCGAAAUCGAUAAAAUGAUAUUUAAGGAGCGCAUUAAGAAAACCGGAACGGCAAAGGUGAAGAUGCGCUUGUUUAUUAUUAACCUUA